GUGUGUGUGUGUGUGUGUGUGUGUGUGUGUGUGUGUGUUUGUGCAGAAUGAUGUCGGAGGUCAGAGGGUGCUGGUAAACAAGUGGAGCACCUUCAUCAAGGCCAGGCUGGUGGUGGUUCAGUCCCCGGGCCGCACGGAAUCGACACACACUUCAACCAACUGGAGGACAUUUUCGUGUUGAGAACCAAGGACGAGAGGAACCCAGACGUCUACGCCAUCUUCAGUACCAUCAGCAAUGUGUUCCAGGGGUACGCUGUGUGCGUCUACAGCAUGGCCGACAUCCGAGAGGCCUUCAACGGGCCUUUCGCUCACAAAGAGGGGCCCGACUUCCAAUGGAAGGUGUACGAGGGCCGGGUGCCCUACCCCAGACCUGGCGUGUGUCCCAGUAAGAUCACCAACCAGCCAGGCAGGGAGUUCAGCAGCACCAAGGACUUCCCGGACGCCGUGCUGCAGUUCACCCGGGGCCACCCCCUGAUGUGGCGCCCCGUGUUCCCCGCCCAGCGCCGGCCCGUGCUGGUCAGGGCCAACACGCCCUACAAGCUCACGCAGAUCGUGGUGGACCGCGUGGAGGCCGAGGACAGCCAGUACGACGUCAUGUUCAUCGGCACAGACGUCGGCACGGUGCUGAAGGUCAUCUCCCUCCGCAACGGAAACAGCCUGGAGAGCGAGGAGGUCACUCUGGAGGAGCUCCAGGUCUUCAAGGUCCCGACUCCGGUCACCUCCAUGGAAAUAUCAGCCAAAAGGCAAGCGCUGUACGUGGGCUCUCCGCUGGGCGUGGCCCAGGUGAAGCUGCACCGCUGUGAGAGCUACGGGAAGGCCUGCGCCGAGUGCUGCCUGGCCCGGGACCCCUACUGCGCCUGGGACGGGCUCACCUGCACCCGCUUCCUGUCCAGCGGCAAGCGGCGCUUCCGCCGGCAGGACGUGCGCCACGGCAACCCCGUGCUGCAGUGUGUGGACCAGAACCUCAGUGGAGAGGAGCUGAACGGGAUGGAGCAGAGGGUGGUCUACGGGACGGAGAACAACAGCACCUUCCUGGAGUGUAUGCCUCGCUCGCCCCAGGCCAGCGUCACCUGGCUCGCCCAGAAGGACGACCGGCAGGAAGAGGUGAAGCUGGACGACCGGGUCAUGGCCACCGAGCAGGGCCUGCUGUUCCGCCGGGUCUUCCGCCAGGACCAGGGCGUGUACGUGUGCCGCUCCCGGGAGCACGGCUUCACGCAGACCCUGGCCCGCCUCACCCUCCAGGUUCUGCAGGGGGAGGCGGUGGGCGAGCUGCUGGCCCGGGAGGACCCCUCCAGCCACGCCCUGGACUCCAACAAGGACCGGUCCGGCGGCGGGGGGUACAGAGGCUGGCCGCCCUGCGUCUCCGGCGGCGGCGGCGGAGGCGGUUCCUACGGCAACCGAGGAGGAGGUGGGGGCCAGUCGCGCUCCUGGUUCAAGGACAUCAUGCAGCUGAUUGGUCCCAGCAACCUGCCCCACGUGGAGGAGUACUGCGAGAGGAUGUGGUGCCACGACAAGCUGCGCCGGAAGCACAAGAGCAUGGUGGAGAAGUACCGGCAGGCGCAGGACAGCGCCCGCAAGGCCCGCAGCAAGAGCUCCGGCGAGCGCAACCGGACGCCGCGGGACCUGCGGCGUGUGAGCGCACGGAACGAGUGAGCGGUCGGGACGGCCCGCUACCCCGGGAGUGUUGUGGAGACGGAGAGACGUGGGAAGGGGGAAGAAUGACUGAAGGGGAGGGAGGAGGGGAGGGGAGGUGUGGAGCGAGGAGGAGGAGAUGGGUGAUGGAGGAUUUGUUGGCCGCCUCGUCCUUUGAAACGUCGAGCACUUGGAUAUUCGAAAAGAGGGGUGGGACAGGAAUGUGACAUGUAAUCAUUGAACUUUGUUGAAGACUGUCCACCAGGCCUGUCCGUGGGCCUGAUGAUUCCUCACCAAACAGGACUCCCUCUGGAACAGGCUCUCGUGAAUAGAAAAUAGCAUGUGCACACAUAGCAUGGUUUUAUUGUUAUCGUUCAUUUGGGGUUUUGUGUUUUUCUGGAUCUACGUGCAAGGACAGCAGAAAGAGAAGCUUUUUAUUCAAAAACUGUACUGUUAGAGAUUGUGGUUGAAAGUCAUCUUUGGAGAUAAUGGAGAUGAUGAUGGUGAGGAUGAUGAUGAUGGUGAGGAUGAUGAUGAUGAUGAUGAUAAUGGACUCCCAGCCUUCCAUCUUGCACCCUAACCUUACAAGGAUAACCACAGCAACCAUUUGGUAAUUAAGUUCUGCUCCGCUCCCCUCCACUCCAAUGAUGUUUCCACACACAGGAGAGGAUGGAAAUGAAAAGGGGCCAGCCAUUUCAUUUUUUCACUAUCAUUACCAAUACCACUGUCAGCCAAGAGGACAACGUUUUCCGUUUCAUCCACUGAAAAAGAGGAACAAGAAAACACUGUGCAUGCUUGAGAACUAUGGUAACCCUUGCUUGACACCUCUUUUUAUUAUACACGUAAUUGUUUAAAACCUGAUGGACUUUUGAUUGAUGAUCAUUGUGUUGCUUUAAUAAUAAUAUUGUGUGGCUAUAGAUUUUAGAACUUUUGACAUAUUUACAGUGAACAUGCUUUCUCCGCACAGCCAUUUUGAACCACCGCAUUUCUGACAAUGGAAUUACAGUUUUUUUUAACUGGUUUUCCAACCUUCGCGACCCGUAUCACCUCUGUAUAUAUAUACAAUCAUUUCUUCACAUGCACCCUUUAAAAGCACAGUGGUGGAGGAGGCGUUUUUCCCAGCAAGACAUUCAGUUUAACAUAACUACUGCCAACCGCCAUUGCAUAAUCCUCCAUAAUCCGCCGGCACGCUUGAUUUAGAGCGCCGCUCGCCCUGAGACCACUGUUGAUGGUUCAACAGAUUAGAAACGUUCCGUUUGUCCGUUGCUCCGGGUUUUGACUUUCGUUUAAAAACUGACCAGGGGAUUACCUUUACCCUGGUUCCUCUUGUACUGCUAUUUCCGUGAGGGAAGCAGUCCCUUUUAAUACAUUUUAACAUUUAUUAUGUUUGACAGAAAGGCAAGAAAUACUUACGAACCCCCUACUCUUUGUUCUUAUUUGGUAAAGUGAAAUGGGAAACAUGGUUAGCUGUCCAUUUCUAAGGUUAUAAACACUUGAUAGCAGAAAUCAAAGAAACAUGGAUUUUGCAUGACUGAUCCUAAACAGCUUUUGCUUGUGUUUUGCUUGCGCAUUUCUUAUGAGUCUGUAUUUGAAAAAUCCAUUUAACCAAUUGCUAAAAUGACAAACAUUGACCUACGGUCAAUGUCCACGCCAACCUUACCUCACACUGCUUUCCAUUAUCAUCUACUGUACAACAUUUCUCACAAUCAUUCUGUGUAUUGUACUUUUCCACUGGCAUCAGACGAAACAAUGGAGGAGGUCAACUGUCAUGCCCCACUGUUCUGAGUACUGUGAAAACUGCCUCAUUUUAACGGGUUCAUAGUUCAUAUACAGGAUCAGCUUUUACAUCCUCUGUGUCUUGAACUCCUAUGUCCCCCCGGCACUGAGAAAGAAAUGCUUUGCUUUGCCUCACAGGGAGUUUAGCGAUGUGGGGGAGAACUGAGCGUGGUUUACCAUUACACUGAAAUAGGGAGACUGACCAAACAUCACCAUGAAACCACAAGGACCAUGCAAAUGUAAUUGCAGCAUAUAAUGGGCUCAGAUUAGGGCCAGGUGAUGUCUGUCUUUGUUUUUAAAUUGGCUAGACUCAAUCGCUUACAGCACUUGCAAUAGCCUGCCAUUCAAUAGGGUUGGGCUUUCCCUGUAGUUUUAUUUUCCUUGUUUGGUAUCAACAGGGAGCCAGGGAGUGUUUUGGCAAGUGUGAGAGAAAGUAAUUAGGGGAGAAGCUGUUGAACUAUCAACCUACAAUUGGGAAAAGAUAUAAACAUUGUUAUGCAAGGUCAAACAUGAGUUGAAAGAACAAUAGAGAAACAGUGAAGGGAGCCAGAGAGAUGAAUGUUAAGGAAAGACGAGGGAUGGAGUAACAACCCAGAUUGGAUUCACCAGGAAGGAAAGGGAUCAGGGUGGAUCUCAUAGAAACCUGUGAGGUGAAAAGUUAAGAGACCUCUUCAUUGGCAACUGGGAACUGGCUCUGUAUGUACAAAUACUUUCUCCAUUGAUGGUCAAUUUAGAUAAAAUGAUCACGAGAUCUCAGUGUCUCUCUCACCGUCGCUUUGUUCCACAAAAACAAUCAGGUCUGUAAAUGGACGAGGGAAUGCCUAUUCUUGGAUACCCUUUGUUUGACGCCAGCCAGGAAGCAGUGGUUGCCAUGGUGACCCCUCAUUCACCUCUCUGCAGCCAUGUUGGCAUGUGAAUAUUUUCCUGGAAGGAGAGUGUGAGAGAAGAAAGAGGAGGAGGAUGGGAGAAUACGGGAAGGGGAGGAUAUGAGAACAUCCAAAAAUGUAUGAAAACAAAAUCCGAUCUUUGACAACUUUUACGGAGACCGUAUGACCCGAGCACGGCCCAAACCGAGUCAAAACACACACUCCACGGAUCUAAUAGGAUGAAGUAAUUACUUUGAAAUGUGCCUUUUUUUCAAACUUAUUACAAUCACAGCCUAUGUAAUGGCAUAGCUCAGUCGAUGUCCGUUUAUUUUCAAACCACACUGAUAGAGAACGUUAUUGUUGGAGUCCAACCUUAAUCGUUAUCUCCAAAAAUAUUUUGCUUUGGUCUGCUCCGAUGGACUGAGAAAGUGCUCGGGACAGUGGUGAGAAAGAAAGAGCAAAAACUGAGAGAGAAGGAAGCAAAGUUGUGCUUACCUCAUCUCCAGAUGACCAAACCGCGAUAUAGUUUUCCCUAAUCUCCACAGAUAGGGGGUGAACGUAUCGAACAUGUUUUGGGUGUUAGACAAAGGCAACAGAGAUCACAUGCUGAGAUGAUGGUAUAUUUAACCACACGAUAAUGAGAUGAACUGACUAUCAAUGGGUGAUCACCUCUGGCCUCGUGACAAAGGAAAGGAAAACAUGUCCCACACGUAGUUCAGAGAACAGCCACACAGUGUAAGGAAGGUGGAUGUGGUUGUGAGGCUUGUCAACGGAUCGCAGACUCAGAUGUCAGCCAUGUCCUCUUGAAUCACACGCGGUCCUGAUCCGUGUUCAACAUUGUUUGUUGUUGUAGGAUUGUAACCACAUGUCACAUUUAAUAUUACUCUAUUAUAAAAAAAUAAUACAUUUAAAUGCGAAACCUGGGUUCGUACUUGCGCACCUUGAGUCUCGUUUUUGGUGAGCUGUUUGCAGAACAACACUGAGGCCGCGCGUGUAUAGUUUGUAUACCUUUAGGGAACCAUAGGUUCCCGUGAUCCCCACCUCAGUGAGUAGGAGGCUGGGUUUGGACGGUGGGAAACGAUGGGGAAUAUGGUCCGGAUUUAGACAGCGUCUAGCAAUGGGAAAUUGAAUACUGUCUGGAUUUGGACAGUGUUUAAUAGUUGGGAAUUGACUCCAUAAUACUGGGUGUCAUUUGGUCACUCAGUAUGGUUAUCCCUGUUAUGCACAUUUGUAAAAUAAACAUAAUUUUUUAUCUACGUGGCUCUGCCCAAACGUCUCUAAAGCAUCUGGAUGGUCGUUCAUUGAGAUUGCUUUAGACGGUUCAAUAAAGUGUGUAACAGGUCGGGUAAUUUAAACAAAACAAUCAAAAUCAAUCAUUAAGAUAUUCAACAUAGUUUGUAAAGCAAUUCUAAAAAUAUAUUAUUUCAUACUGUCUGAUGAGAAAAGUGUUGGGUUGGGUUGUGUGGGCACGUUAAACAUGUACAAGACUGCCGUUCCUUUUGAGAUUUUAGUUACUUAACAACGACAUUACAGUGAAUAAAUACAAUUUAGAAGAAAGUGAAAAUUCCAGAAAAAACAAUGUUGUACUGUCGAGAACUUUAUUAAUCUACAGCUGAUCUAUGGAUGCAAAACGGGGAACCCUUAUUAAUAUUGGCAUAGUACCAUUAUGUGUAUUGCAGGUGAAUAGAAUCUGAACAAUAUCACUCAAAUGGGUGAACUGUAGUUGUGCUGUAAUGUUUGACCGGCUGCGGAUCUUCAUGCCGGUGAGCGGAUAGUUAAAAUGUGAUCACAUGUAUUUAUGUUUUAUUUAACUAUCUCUUGCCAUCCAUGCAUGCUCCUGUGUACAUGUUAUUUAACAAGAUUAAAAUGUGGUCUUUUCGAACUGA